GUGGCAACAAGGAGUGCCGAGCGCAGACAUAGUAACCCUGCAAACGAUCGUCCAUCAAGAAAGCUUUGUGUUUUUUUCCUCUUUUAAAAGCAAAUGUCAGAUUUGUUUGAAUGAACUUUGAAGUGUCAUGAAGUCUUUUUAUUUGGAAGCGUUGCUCUAUCAUCUGGAAUUUGAAAUCUUACGCUAACUCUUCAGUAGUUUUGUGUUAAAUAUAUGGUAAACUAUUGAUAAAAGGAAUAAUCUUAUUAAUUAAUUUAUUUUUUGGGGAAAGAAUGCAAUUUAGUAUUUUUUAAUAUAUUGCUGCAAAUUCGAAACUGAAAAAAUGGUGUUUUCUUGCAUUAACGUUAAUGCAGAGAGCACUACAUGUUUGAAAAAGCAUUAUAAGAAGUAAAAAAACAAAACAAAAAAGGAAUAUUCGAAAUUUCUAUUUUUAGGAAUACUUGUUUACUUUGAAACUGAACAAUUUAUGUGUUUUUAAAUUGAACAUUAAGUUGUGCAAAAUGAUAUUUUAUUACAUUGACUCUGAAGCAUAGAAAACUACACCUUUGAAAGAGUGCGGUUCUUUAAAUGUGUGUAAACACACAGUAGAAGUGUAUACGGAAAAAAACCUAACGCACAAUACAAUGAAAUAUCUCUUUACACUGAGACUGGAGUAUCUUGUGUAUAAAUUAUGUAAAUAAAUACAAUUACAAAUGAAAAGAGAAAACUGAUUUCACAUAUAAUCUACUCAAAACGAUUUUACAGACAAUCACUUGAACUAUAAACAUAGAGUUGAAAAGAUCUUCAAGAUAAUUUAUUGUACUGUGCGAAAAAAUUUAUUGUUAUUUAUUGCAACUAUAAGUGAAAACUUAGUAAAUUUUCCUUUUUGAAAAAACAUAUUUAUUCUUACUUGAUAAACAAUUUCAUCUAUUUCAUUAUUUAAGUAACAUUGACAUCAUAAUCUGCAAAGCUUUAGUCAUCUUGAAUUAAAACUGGCACAGUAUAAAUGUUACUAUUAACAACUGUACGCAACGAGAUUCCCAAAGCAGACGUAUUUCAUUGUUUAUGAAAGAAGAAAAAAAAUAAAAAUUGUCUGUGUAAAAAACGAAAGUAUUGUUAAAAACUACUUAUCAACGGAAAAUCUUGUAAAUCGAAUUCUUUACUGCAUCAGCCAGACGCUUUCUAAAAAAUCUGUCAAAACAAAAAGAAGUGAAAGCAGCGAGAGGGAGAAAAGUUUUCCUUCUUUCUAUGAUCCCAACCAUGAAAGCCUCUCCUAAACUUCUGCCCGGAGAACAAACCAACAGCUGAAGCCAUCGCGCCAAGUUUGGCGCAAGGUCGUCGCCAAGGUAACGCAAAGCCGCAUCAAAGCUUCACUAUGCGGCUGUUCAAACGAUCGGCAGCUGCCCCUCCACAAUUAGUACGCUUGUCGAUGUUGGAGGAGGGAGGAGAAACGGAGCACUCAACAACCUCUCCUGGAUUGAGAUUGUCGCUGCCAAGCUGCUUCAGCGAAUGCAACAUAGACGACCUCAUGGCGAACACGGGGACGCCGAAAACUCGAAGAGGUUUCCCGUUUCCGUGGUUGAACAGGAAGCACAGUGCGCCGAAAAAAUACGCCGUAAAUCCCACUCCUCUCGAUGCAACUGAGAGCAGUGCUACGUUGAUGCGAUCUGCUGUGUCCCAACUUUCACUGAACGAUUACGCACCUCAUCACCAGUGGCCCAAACCUCUCACCACGUUUCGAAAAACUCCUCCAAAUCCAUCUCAUUUUCAUCCCACUUACGACGAUAGGACUUUGUACAGUAAUGGAUUUCCCAGUAUGGAAUCUUUAAACAAUAACAAUUAUUUAAAUAACAAUAAUGUGCUCGCGAAUGAUUCCAACAGCUUGAUGUAUCGCAGUGUAUCUACCUCGGCUCUACUGGAAGACCCUAAGGAAUAUUUCCGAAGUGUGGAGGUGGAUGUGGCUAAUAAGAAUAAUAACAAUGUGAAGACUUUCGCGGCCCCUCCAGCAUCCCUAGAGUACUUUCUGAUGCCCCUAAAAGCGACUUCGAGCUGCGAGGACUUGAUCGAUCCAUGCUUGGAUGGUACACCAGGGGGCGGUAGUUGCGGGCAAAAAGCCGCAGUUUCGCAGCAGCUCGGGACCGUGCUGGAGGAGGAAGUAUUCCUAGAACGGGGAGUGGCGGCCGAUUUCGACCGGCACCCUUCUAGUGCUAACGGAGACACGGAGAGCUUGGCUAGUUCUAUACAACAUAGAUCGGAUGAGUCCGGCUACGAAAGCGAUGGGACAAAGAAUGGCAAUGAUGAAAACGCACUCGCGAUUCAGGACACAUUAGUCGAACCUGUUGUUUUAAUUAACGAACAUCAUUCUUCUGACACAAACGUCCAAAAGUUCGCCGCUCUCUUUCAGAGACUUACAAACGGUAAUAAUAGUGCGGACUCUAAAAAAGAUGACCAAGGUAACCUCAACAGUAGUAACAAAUCAACAAACAAAUCAUACGAAGUGCGAAGUCUCCGGUUGCGCACCCCGACUAUGCUAUCGAACCUCGUCCAAAGACACGGCAGCAAAGACCAUACGCCGUCGUCGGCCACCCCUGGUUCUAAGUCGACAAAAGACUUUUCGUCCACCAAAUCAUCGGACGAUUCGAAAAAAGAUACUCGUAAUGGUGCUUCCCGAUUAGGCCAAUUUAAAGCUUGGACAUUGGACAGGAAGCUGCUGCGAAGUCGGUGGAAGAAAAAUGCCUCUCUUCCUGAUGACAAAUUGGACAUCGCAGUUCCGACGCGCCGUAGCAGCAUCUUCCAGUCCUCUCUUUUUCCAAAUUCAAUUGAAGACUCACCCAUAUCUUCCCAGCAACUGGAAACGAAGUCCUUGCCAACCUUAUCCUCUGUGAGCAGUAGUAGCAGUAGUGAUCUUUUAUAUGACUCAUCGGCAGGUGGUGAGGGUUCCCUGUCCAGUUGUGGUGGACUGAACUACCAACUCAGGUUGAAGAAGGCGGGGUACAAAAGUGCUUCCACCUCGAAUAAUGCGCGAAGAAGGUUAUGGUUACAAUCCCAACUUUCAACGUCGGACAGCGAAGAUAUCCUCUCUCCUGAACCUCUUAGUGCAAAUAAAAGUUUCGUUACCUCACCCACAGGAACAGAAAAACCGCGUAGACUGCCUUCCCAGUUGGACUUGCAUGAACUUGUGUCAGUUGAACUCAGAAAAGAUGAACAUGGUGAACUCGGUAUAUAUAUCACAGGAUGUACCGAUUCGGAGAAAAAUGUGCUUGGUUACAUCAUAAUGGAUUUUGAGAAGGGAGGACCGGCGGACAGAAGUGGAAAAUUACUUAAGGGUGAUGAACUCUUAAUUGUAAAUGGGCAGCAACUACAAGGUGUAGGAUUAGAAGAUGCAAGGCGAUUAUUACGAGUACCUGAAGCUGAAGUGCAUUUAUUAGUCGCUAGAGAACUUUCUGAAGAUUUAUGUUUCAAAGAUGAUGCCUCACGUCUUCAAACAACUCUGCCUCCAGUGCCAGAAUUACAAGAAUCUAAUGUACAAGCUUCAAAUGCAGUGCCUAGGCUGCGACACUGGCAGUCAGAUGCCUCAUCUUCAAAUAGAGGGGAUAACAGACGCUCUCAUCCAGACCUGCCUCCAAAAUUAAAAGUAGAUAAUGAACGUAUGGGGAGCAAUGGUAUUUGUACACUACCAAGGCGACCCAAAUCAUCUCAGUUAUCAUUACAUACAGUAGUAUUUGAAAAGGGGCCUGGACGCAAGAGUUUGGGUUUCAGUAUUGUAGGAGGAAAAGACUCGCCAAAAGGAGAACUUGGGUUUUAUGUAAAAACCAUUUUUGCAAAUGGACAAGCUGCAGAAACUGGUUGUCUCAAAGAAGGAGAUGAAAUCUACACAUUAAAUGGCCAAACUUUACAAGGUUUGUCUCAUUCUGAGGCAAUAGCAGCAUUUAAAAAAAUCAAACAAGGCCCAGUAAUUCUGCAUAUUGGACGUCGAUCCAACAAAAAAAGUUCAUCCCUUUCUGAGUCAAGUAGCAAGUUAGAAAGCAACAAUUCUAAGUCAUGUAGUACGCUAGAUAACAUCUAGCUAAUGCUCUGUGCCUUUUACUUUGUUAGUGAAUUUUUGCAGUUUUGUAGUUUUACAUUCUGUUUGUUAUCUGAAAUUUAAGAAAAAAUACAUUGUAAAUAAAAUACUCAUUCACAGGCUUA